AUGGCGGCGCGGAAGCUCAUCUUCGGCCUCACAGCAGCAAGGCGAGCCAGUUCUCGGGCCUCUGUACUCCUCCGGGCCUCACCCCUCCUGGAAGCCUCCACUUCUGCCUCCCACACCACCGCCGCCGCGACGAAGCCGUCAGGUGGAUCGCCGUGGGCGCUGCUCUUCUCCUCUAGGGUCUUCUCGUCGACCCCUCCGGCUCAACAGUCCGCCGGAGAUGUGCCCGCCCCAUCCGCGGUGGACCACAAGUUGAUAAUGCCAGAGGAUAAGUUCCAUAAAUUAGCAGAUGAUACAAUACAUGAUUUGCUUGAAAAACUUGAGGAAUAUGGUGAUUCUCAGCAGAUGGAUGGCUUCGACAUAGAUUACGGGAAUCAAGUUCUAACAUUGAGGCUAGGCGAUUUGGGGACCUAUGUUGUAAACAAGCAAACGCCAAACAGACAAAUCUGGCUAUCUUCACCUGUGAGUGGGCCUGCUAGAUUUGACUGGGAUGCAGCAACAGACAGUUGGAUUUAUAGGCGGACUGGAGUAAAUCUCAUGCGACUUCUAGAGAAGGAGAUCGGUGAGCUCUGUGGAACUCCAGUAGACCUUUCAUAA